AGCCGCUCCGCCCCCGUGCUCCGCGUGAAGAAGCUCACGCCCGAGGCCAUCCUGCCGACGCGCGGCUCGAGUCUGGCCGCGGGCCUGGACCUGUCGGCCGCCUACGACGCCGUGAUCCCGGCGGGUGGCAAGGGCCUCGUCAAGACAGACCUGGUCAUCGCCGUGCCCGACGGCUGCUACGCGCGCGUGGCGCCUCGCUCCGGCCUCGCGCUCAAGAAGUUCAUCGACACGGGCGCCGGCGUGAUCGACGCCGACUACCGCGGCAACGUGGGCGUGAUCCUGUUCAACCACGCGGCCGAGGACUUCCCCGUCAAGCGCGGCGACCGCGUGGCGCAGCUCAUCCUCGAGAAGAUCGAGUACCCGGAGAUCCAGGAGGUGGACGAGAUCGAGGACACGGCGCGCGGCGCCGGCGGCUUCGGCAGCACGGGCGUG